AUCUAAACACCAUGGCCAAAGUCGAGUUCAGUGACGAAGAAGAAUUCGAUACGUUCAACGAGCCUGUAAUGGACGAUUCCGCCACCCUGAAUCAAAAGGAUGACGACGACUUCGGAUCGUUUGACAGUGCGUCUUUUGAUGACUUUGAAGCACCCACCGCUCCCAAGACUCUCAGCAAAUAUAUGAAAAUCGAUGGUUUCUCCGCCGCUAACGAAGAGUUUGACCGCCAGUUGGAUGCACUAUUGGACACCAUUCUCCCCGGUGAUGGCGAGACCCCAAAAGAGCGGCCACAAACACCCAUAUCAUCGUUGUUGGAUGAUCGGUCCAGUAUGAUUCUCAACCAACUCAAUAAGAUCCCUCAUUUGAAACCCAACAACUGGGUCCGUCUGCACAUCCGCCACAAUUUGUUGAUCAAGUUGGGCAUUCCCAUUAAUCUUGACGAAAUCAAAGACGAAAAAACGGCGUUUUUGAACCCUAAUAACCUCAAAUCGUCUGCCACCAGGCGCAAAUCUAUAAAUGAGCAGGACAUUGACUGGGACGGCAUAGCGAUUCCAGAGUUCAAGCAGCUCAAGCUUUCGCAAAACGAACGAAGUGAACUUAUGACCAAGACAAACGAUAUUCUCUCACAGAUAGAGACGGACAACUUGAACAAUUCGUCAAAGUCAUUUUUAGACGGAUGCAGUGAAGAUAAAGUGCACCAGAAACUCGAACAGCUCAGGCACAACCUGGACCAGUUGUUGAAGUUGGCGAGUGUAUGGAAGGACCAGUUUGAGGACCUCAAGAAGAACUCGGAAAUCUAUGAGUCAGUGGUGCAAAACUUGAUUGGAUACAGCCAGAAACUCGAGCGAAACGAGCUUUUGAACAGCUUGAAGCACGUCAAGUCAUCGACACAUAAGAGAAAGUCUGCAUGGAGGUAG